GGUGGCGGAAAUCUCUCUUUUUUCUCUGAUAAACCUAAUAAGACUCUGGGGGGAGGAAGGUUGGGUGGUAGGUACUGUUGCAUUGACAGAUUGAGAAGGCACCUGCCACGCUAGCGUGGUGGCGCUAGCUUACAGUAGCCGCCUACCCAAGUAGUAAGAUGCUGCUGGAACUUCUGAGGAGCAUCUAUAUCUGUCUACCUGAAUAAAUUAGCAGAGCCAGCGUCACUGGAACAGUUUCUCGCACUCAUCACUUGACCGUGGGUGCGAUCGAUAUUGGAAUCAGAGAACCGCCUGAACAUGGACCAGACAUGUGUAUAUAUCUCCCGUCCUAUCCCUAUCUGCCUAGGUGCGAUGUCGCAUAGGUAUACACGAAAAAAUAACUUUGGGACCGUUCACUGCUGGACUUAGCAAGAAGCCGUUCACCAUUCUUCCUAUAGUUUGCAUCACACUCGCUUCGGUCAGCACGCACAUCGGGCAAGCAUCGAGGAUAUCUACAAUCAUAUUAAUUCGAAUCAACCAAGGAAAUCUAUCCAGCGCUGAACAAUUCACGGAUCCACCAAGAACGCUAUGUAUCCACAUUUCCUCCAAGAAGAGUCGCGACUCGAAUCUAUGCCACUCCUUUGGCGCACAAUUUAUUCCCAAAAACAGCACAUCCCUCUUUCAAAACCUCACAACUGCGCUUCAACGACCGAAUAUAUUGCAUGGGACACUUUGGGUCUGUUCGGUCCACCCAGACCUGGAAACCAUCAAGAUGUCGUCUUUGUCGCCAUCGACUUCGGAGGCACAAAUGCCAUUGUGGAUAACAUCAGAGCAGUGAGGCUAGACAGUAAACCAAGAGGAGUAUCAGUCGGAGUAUCAAUAUUCGACACAAGAGAUUUUUCAGAACUCCCAGAACCAAGAACAGCUUCUUUCAAAACAUACAAUAUCGGCGUCGGCGGCUGUCCAUCUCAACGAAGACUCGAGGAAAAGCGAUUCCUGUUCGGCGAAACAACAUGGCUCUCAUCUCUAGCAGGACUUCAUCCGAAGAUUGAAAGCAUCAUAGAUCGUUCCCGCAAUAUCGUACUCGUCGGUCAUGGAUUCGGACCAGACCUGACGGUGCUGCGAGAAAUUGGCUUUGAUAUGGAGACCUCCAUCGUGGGCAUCAUCGACACAGCGAGGCUGGCUGAGCGUGUCAUGGUUAUGGAAGAGCAGCAGCCGAAAAGAGGAGAUUUCAAAUUGAAGAAUGUGCUGGCGCGACUGGGAUGUCAUGUCGAGGGGUUUCAUACUUCGGGGAAUGAUGCUAAUUAUGCUUUGCGAGCGCUAUUGCUGUUGGUUGCUGAGCGGUUUUCGUGCUCAGGGAAGGGAAGGACGGGUACGGAACGAGUCGGCGUUUUGAGAACGCUUGCUCUGGCUUAGGGGGCUUUGGGUGGAUGGAUGGACGGAAUAGGAGUACAGGCGACUUUGAGGAGUGGCGGGGAAAAGGAGUUGGUGUAUGUUGAGACUCUAAGGCCAGGAGUGGGAAAGUUGCAUCUUGUCGGUGGAAGUGUGUCUUUGGCUGAGACGCUCAUGCAGCAUGCAGAGCUGGAAAGCUUUUCAUAUACCUAUGGAGAUGCGGCAAGGGGCAAAGCCCAAGUGAGUCGAGCCUGCCUUCAAC